AUGCUGGCCCCGCGGCUGCCGCUCGGCCCGGUGGGGCUGCUGCCGCUGCUCCAGCUGUUCCAGCUGCCGCUGCCCGUCCGGCCGGAUCCCGAAGCCAGCUGCGACCCCGACGGCUGCUACGCGCUCUACAGCCAGGCGCGCAGCUUCCUCGACGCCUGGCGCGCCUGCCGGGAGCUGGGGGGCAACCUGGCCACGCUCAAGCGAGCCGAAGAGGCGGCCCAGGUCAGCCAGCUGCUGGCCGGCAGCCGCCAGCCCGGCCCGCCCCGUCUCUUCUGGAUCGGGCUGCAGCGCCAGCCGCGCCAGUGCUUCCCGCAGCGGCCCUUGCGAGGCUUCAGCUGGGUCACCGGCGAGCAGGAGACGGCCUACAGCAACUGGGCGCGGGCCGGCCCGGCCGUCGGGAGCCCCGGAGCCCCCGGAGCCGGCUGCGCCGCGCCGCGCUGCGUGGCUUUGGACGACCGCGAUUUCCAGUGGUUGGAGGGCUCCUGCGCCGGCCCGGUCGACGGCUACCUCUGCCGCUUCGCCUUCCGAGGCAUGUGCGCCGGCUUGGAGGAGGCCGAAGCGGCCACCCUCAGCUACGCCGCGCCCUUCGGGCCGCUGCCCGCCCUGGCUGCCGUCGGGGCCCCGCCGCGCUUCGUGCCUUUCGGGACGGUGGCGUCGGUGGGCUGCCCCGGCGGCGCCUCCCUGUCCCUGCUGUGCCUGCAGAAGGAGGACGGGCGCCUGGGCUGGUCCAAGAGCGGGCCGCUGUGUCGGGAGCGAGGCCCGGGGCCGUCGGGGGCCGCCUGGUGCGAGGGCGACAACGGCGGCUGCCAGCAGCUGUGCCUGGACGAGGGCUCGGGCUACGCCUGCGAGUGCCACGCCGGCUACGCGCUGCUCCCCGACGGCCACUCCUGCGCGGCCCGCGACCCCUGCCGCCACCGGCCCUGCCAGUUCGACUGCGUGGCCGAGGAGGAGGAGGAGGAGGAGAGCGGAGACGGCUACCGCUGCCGCUGCCCGGCCGGCUACGAGCUGGCUUCCGACGGCCACCAGUGCGAGGACUUAGACGAGUGCCUGGAGGCGCCGUGCGAGCACCAGUGCGAGAACACCGAGGGCUCCUACCUCUGCCGCUGCCACCUGGGCUUCAGCCCCGCCGAGGACGAGCCCGGCCAGUGCGUGGACACCGACGAGUGCCAGAUCCCCGGCGUGUGCCAGCAGAUGUGCGUGAACUACGUGGGCGGCUUCGAGUGCUAUUGCACCGAGGGCUUCGACCUGGAAGCCGACGGCAUCAGCUGCAGCCCGCUGGACGGGCUGGCCGACGGCCCCGACGCCACCCCGCCCGAGGUCUGGGCCGACCCUUUCCACGUGCGCUUCACCACCCGCCAGGCGGACGACCACAGCGCCCCGCCGGUCCGCUUCUCGCUCUUCCGCGACGGGGAGACCGGCUCGUCGUCGGCGGCGUCGGAUUCGGCCGCAUCCUUCUUGUCGCUGCCCGACCGGCUGGUCUUCCCUCCCCCUCCGCGGCCGGCCACGCCGGCCCCCGAGUUGGACAGCGCCUGGGAUUCUUCUCCCUUGGAGCACGGUUUCUCCUCGCCGGGGCACCCCGAGGUCCUCCAUCCCACCCCCGCCGCUUCCCAGCUUCCUCCUCUCCUGAGCAGCUCCGUCGUUGGGUCCCUGCCUGUGGGGGUCACGGGGGAGCCCGCGGAGCCUCGGACGACCCCGCCGCCGUCGCCGCCGUCACCCCCCGGGGCGUCCGUCCCCUCGGAGGAGAAGAGGGAUGACCGUUGGCUCCUGGUGGCCUUGCUGGUGCCCAUCUCCGUCUUUCUGGUGGUCAUGCUGGCCCUGGGCAUCGUCUACUGUACCCGUUGCGGAGCUCGGGCCAAAAGCCGGAGCGUGACUCAGUGUUACCGCUGGGUGAUCAGCACGUCCGAAAAAACGGCCCCGCCCGCCUCGUCCCGGCCUUGCCAACCGGCCACUUGCCGGACCAGUGUCUGA